ACCCAUCGUCCCCAUCCCCUCUGCUGCCGGAAACCCUAGCCUACGUUCCUCCCGCCUCUACCGGCUUCGCCCAAAACCAUCGCCUUCGUGACCGAACCUGCACUAUACAACCGCGAUUAGAGCUAGCUGGGAAGGCAAAGAAGGUAUCGCGGCUUACAAAGUCCUCCAAAACUUCCAACUUUCUUCUUCCGCUCUGCUCCUACCCGAAACCAUUGAGGAAGGUAUGGCGCAGUGGAUGCACCAAUUUGAACAAUGGCUCCGACAUAUCGAACAGUGGGUUCGACAACAGCCAGCUGAGCAACUCUAUAUAGCCAUUGCUGUUCUGGUCAUAGCAUCAACUUUACUUAUCUUAUUGCAUAACUUUAACCAUUCCAAGGCUAAUACUAUUAUAAUUGCUGGGUUAAGUGGCUCUGGAAAAACCGUUCUGUUUUAUCAGCUUCGUGAUGGAUCAUCUCAUCAAGGCACUGUUACAUCAAUGGAACCAAAUGAUGGUGUAUUUGUGUUGCAUUCUGAAGUUGAAAAGAAGGACAAAACAAAGCCUGUCCGUGUGGUUGAUGUUCCCGGGCAUUCCCGCCUUAUACCGAAGCUUGAUGAGUUCUUGCCUCAAGCAGCUGGCCUUAUUUUUGUUGUCGAUGCUUUAGAUUUUUUACCGAACUGUCGAACAGCUGCAGAAUAUCUAUACGAUAUUCUAACCAAGGGAACUAUUGUAAAGAAGAAAAUUCCUGUUCUCAUAUUGUGCAACAAAAAUGAUAAGGUGACGGCUCACUCAAAGGAGUUCAUCAGGAAACAAUUGGAGAAGGAAAUUGACAAACUUCGGACAUCAAGGACCGCCAUUUCCGCAGCGGAUGUCACCAAUGAGUACACACUCGGCUUGCCAGGACAGGCCUUCAGCUUCUCUCACUGUCAGAACAAAAUCACAGUGGCUGAAGCCUCUGGACUCACCGGUGAGAUAUCUCAAGCCGAGCAGUUCAUCCGAGAGCACGUCAAACCCUAGAUUCAUUACCUUACUGCAUGUAUUCAUGGCUAAGUUUUUCUUUCACUGUCAUAGAGUACUGAUUAUGUAUUUAAACGCCAGAGUGUGUUUUAAGUAGUAAUUUAAACCAUGAUAAAGCCAUAUUUUCUACUUAGUUGGCUUAGAAGCUGUGUCCCAGCUAAUGUAGGCAUUUAAUUGUGGCUAUUUUGUUUGAUUUUAUGAACUUUUAUAGGCUAAUUUGGUCGAAGCAAUAUGUUUUCUCUUGUUAAA